GGAGCAGGAGCGGCAGCGGCGACCGACAGCCGUGCCCACGAGGAGUAGGAGCCGGAGCCGGAGCCGGUGUCGGGCCCGCUCGGUACCCGAGGCCGAGGCCUAGCGAUCCGCCGGAGCCGGGACUACCCGACAGGCGACCAAAGGCCCGAGAGAAGCCGCGGACUCGCCGCUCGCCCCGCGACCGAGGGCAGGGCAGAAUCCCCGGGCCGUCGUGAGGCCGGUGCCCGCCCGUGGGCUGCCGUGAGGCGGAGGCCCCAGCAGAAUCCCCGGGCUGUGGUGAGGCGAGUCCCCGGCGGGCCAUGGCGACCCCACGGGUGUGCCGCACCUGCGGCUGCACGGACAUCGAGUUGGACCCGGCGCGGGGGGACGCGGUGUGCACGGCGUGUGGCUCCGUGCUGGAGGACAACAUCAUCGUGUCCGAGGUACAGUUCGUGGAGAACAGCGGCGGCGGCUCGUCGGCCGUCGGACAGUUCGUCUCCCUGGACGGUCCAGGGAAGACUCCGUCACUGGGAACAGGAUUUCACACCAACCUUGGGAAGGAGUCACGCACGCAGUCGUUACAGAACGGUCGACGGCAGAUUCACCAUCUGGGUAACCAGCUGCAGUUGAACCAACACUGCCUCGACACCGCCUUCAACUUCUUCAAAAUGGCGGUGAGCAAGCGCCUGACUCGUGGCCGAAAGAUGAGCCACGUUGUUGCUGCCUGUCUCUAUCUGGUCUGUCGCACGGAGGGGACUCCUCAUAUGUUAUUGGAUCUCAGUGACCUGCUGCAGGUGAAUGUGUACGUGUUGGGGAAGACGUUUCUUCUGCUGGCCAGAGAGCUCUGCAUAAAUGCACCAGCAAUAGACCCAUGUUUGUACAUCCCACGGUUUGCCCACAUGCUGGAGUUUGGCAAUAAGAAUCACGAGGUGUCCAUGACGGCUCUCCGGCUGCUACAGAGGAUGAAGAGAGACUGGAUGCACACAGGCCGGCGGCCGUCGGGGCUCUGUGGAGCAGCUCUGCUGGUUGCUGCCAGGAUGCACGACUUCAGGAGGACUGUGAAGGAGGUUAUUCGCGUGGUCAAAGUCUGUGAAUCAACGCUCAGGAAAAGGCUCAACGAGUUUGAAGAGACACCAACCAGUCAGUUAACGAUUGAUGAGUUUAUGAAGAUUGACUUGGAACAAGAGUGUGACCCGCCCUCAUUCACGGCGGGGAAGAGAAAGGUUCGACUGCGGCAGUUGGAACAAGAACUAUCCAAAAAACUGGAAGAUAUUGAAGGUGAAAUAAACAGCUACCAGGAUGAGAUUGAGACAGAACUGGAAAUCAUGCGUCCACGAUACCGGGGAGUGUACGCGACGUAUGCUAAGGGAGAUGGCCAGGAUGACGGAGUCUCGGUGGCCUCUUUAGGAGAGGACGAUGGGGAGGAUGAGGAGCUGGCAGCGGUCGCCGACCAUCUCAACAAGGACCUCUACGACAAUCUCCUUAAUGGAGACCCACCACAGGACAAGGAUAGCGCAGAGAAGAAGAAGGAGCUGGAACCACCGCCCAAGCCCCCCAACCUAGCGUGUCUGUUGGGCCCGCUCCCCACAGCGGCCAGCCUGGGCCUGAAGGAAUCCAUCGAGGAGUGUAUCGCCGCUGAGGAGGCCGAGGCAGGAGCCGAUCCUCAGAGGGGUGAACUUGACCUGAACGGCAUUGAUGACCACGAAAUCGAUAGGUACCUACUGAACGAGCAGGAGGUGGAGCAGAAGACGGAGCUGUGGCUGAGGGAGAAUGCAGACUACCUAAAGGAGCAGAAAGUUAAGGAAGAACGAAUAGCUAAAGAGAAGGAACUUGGGAUAUAUAAAGAGCAGAAGCCCAGGAAGUCCUCCAAGAAGCGUGAGCCCAUCCGAGCCAGCACGGCGGGGGAGGCCAUUGAGAAAAUGCUGGAGCAGAAGAAGAUCUCUAGCAAGAUCAACUAUGAUGUGCUGAGGGACCUGAACAGCAAGGGCAGCAGCUCGCCGGGCCAGGAGGACAGUGAGAGUAACCGCACCGGCAGCAACAGCGGCAGCAAGAGGGCAGCCGUCGCCCAGCGGAGACCCGGCGGCAACUCCCGCAAACUGGCCGCACCCGUCAGCAGCCUGGGCAAGAGGCUCCGACCACUGAUUUCUGCUGUUCCUCUGAAGAAGGUGGCGGCCAGUGAGAGCCCUGCAGCGGAGUCGGGGUCGGCGGUGGAGCAGGCGGCGCAGCCAGGGGCCGUGCUGGUGGAGAGUGGCCCCGUGCUCUACAAUGAGGAGGAGGUGGAGGUGGAGGAGGACGAGGAGCAGGAGGAAGAAGAGAACUGCCUGAGUGCCCUGCAGCUGAUUGGCGGCAAUGAUUAUGGUUUUGAAGUGGAGGAGGAUGAGGGAUUCUGAAGCGUCCCAGCGCUUUCCCAUCCAGUCCCGCAGUCAGUGGGAAUGUGGGGACGCAUCCUGCGGCGGGCGUUCCCUUGCUCACGGGCCAAGGGAGAGGGAACUGAGCGCCGGCUCCUUAUCCUGCGGGAAUACUCACGCUGAAAGUCGGAACACCACCCACGCUUCCCCAUUCUUUUUUACAUUUUAUUUUUGUACGGACGCUCCUAUUUAUUACAGUUGACUUGAAGACAGUUUUCUAUUUUGUUGUGGGUGCGGGUGUGUGGGGAGGCGUUGCUGUGGCUGAGGUAGCGAGGUGUCUUGGAAAAAGUGCAGGUUCCAGCACGCUCCCCUCUCCACGCACACUGCCUGGCGCUGCCUGGAUGCCUCCAACCUGUGCCCUUCCAGUCGAGGGCUAGCGCAGAGGAAGACGUGGUUGCCACGGGCCCAUUCCCCAAUCCCGGUGGCCGCGUGGGUUAUUCAGCUGCUUCAGGCUGAGCGUGAGUGGGCAAUGGUGCUGUAACGGGCACAGCCUUGACACUUCUACACACGGACAAACUCUGCAGGUUCUGUAUAAAGUGCCGACUAUUUAUGGAUUCAUUCCUUUUGUGUCUUUGAAUCUUUUCUAUUCAUUCAUAGGGAUAAGAUGUUUUUACUGACUUUAAAAAAAAAACAUAAGACUCAAGACCAGUUAGCCCUGCCCAAACA